GUUUUGGGACACGCCCACAGUGCAGUGAUGUCACCUACAUGGUGUGUCUAUUAAGGUAAUAACUCCUUCUGUUCCCUAGGUUAGCAUGCUACACAGCGCUAAUGAUACUCCAGUGUAGAGAAACAUACUUGUGGUGCCUCCAAACUCACGUUAAUUACUAAUGAAGAAUUAAUAGAAGAAUUUUUUUUCCACAUUUCUGUAAUUUACAGAGGAUUAAAGUGUAGCUUUGGGCUAAGCUAAUGCACAGCUAAUGGUGAAGAUGUAUUCAGGGAUGCUCAGCUCAUAAUUCUGGUGUCUCUAACUAGCGCUACUGAGAUUUAAUUUCAGCCAUACAAAUGAUUCAUUUUAUUCCCCUCUUUUUGUCUUUUUUUUUUUAGAUGUUUUCUUCUCUCUUGUUGCGUUACGUUCAACAACACUUUCAUUUUCAUACUUUCAAUAUUUUAUAGCAUAACUUUUUAUUUCCAUACAUAAAUGUUAUUAUGGACAUAUUUACAUUUGUUAAUACAAAGAAAAGAAAUAAUUAGCAUAUUGAAUGUUACUGUUUACUAUUUAGUGACAUCACAAACUGAGAUUGUACGUUAGCUCCACCCCCAAAUCAGUUGAAAGGUUACAGCAGCGUAUCUAGCUUGCUAACUGUGAUAAUAAAUAUCACAGUAUAUCAGUUAGUUGUUUAUCAAUACUCAAUUUAUUAAACAUUUUUAUUAAAAAAAAAACUAGCAUGAUCUCUCUCACACACACACACACACACACACACACACAUUCUUGGCAUCAGUUCAGCAUGGAGCUCAGAUGGCUGGGAAUAAAAACAGCCUCUUUUAGCUCAGCAUGCUCAUUCCGACGCUCUCUCCAGGUAUCCCCCAUUCCCACUUUUCCAUCCAUCCUGUGCUCCAUUUCUUCUUCUUUAUCCCUUCAUCAUGUUUUUCUGUUUUUGUUUUCCUCCUUGUGUCCUUGCAACCCAAACAAGGAAGUAAAAAAAAACAGGCUUGAUUGCAGGAGAUGAUUAAUUUAUCAUGCCUUCUGUUAGCAGUGUGUGUUUUUUCCUUGUCCUUGUAAGCGAGAUGGAGGAACGGAGAGAGUGUGAGGAGUUUGUGAGGAUACGGAUAAAACGGGGGAAGAAAAAAGAGAGCGAUUGAGACAGAAAGCCUCGUUCUCUUGGCUGCGUUUCAGCUCUGAUAAAAUGGCGUCGUGUUCCGAGAGGCAGCCAGGAAAAGAAAGCGCUCCUGGAUCGCCUCACUAUUCCUGAUUUCUCCUAUGUUCCUGAAAAUUCCAGACAAAAAAUUAAGCUAUUGAGGUGCUGAACGGAUGCCAGUGCAACUCUGAAGGCAUUUCGGGUUUUGCCAGACGAGUCGAGUCGAAGGACAUCCGAGCUUUUUAACCUGUGUUAACCCGAACAGCCGCUGGCUUUUUCCCCUCCCGUCUCCCCUUGAAAGAGCCGUUUGAUCCCGGAGCCAAAGCGAGACUGCAGUCUGGGAAAGCGAUCUUUACCGACGGAAAAACAUGACGAUGUCCCAGAUUUUAAGAUGUGAACUGUUCCUUUGUUGAAGUGGUAUCGUAGCUCAGAGGCCGGCGGUCACCCAAUCAAAGGUGUCUUUCUGCGUAGAUUUGUCGUGAUUACCGAUUCUAUCUGGACCCUGUGUCUCCGUGAGCGUGAACAUACGGAUACGCCAUCGCUUCUUUCAUCAACAGCUUUUGCAAAUACAGAAGAGCGUGGUCUUGGCUUUUGGUACGCUCAAGUUUUACUUUGCUGAUAAAGCCGGUGUUUUCGAUUUUGUUUACAGAUGCGUGCAGGUCCGUCAGCAUGAUCCAGUCCUGUCUUCUGUUUUCAUCUCACGUUUUAGAAACGUUGGUUCUUUUUCUACGCAUGCGGCGGUGCUCCACUUCAGGCUGCAAGGUUCUUUUGGCAUGGGCUGAGCUAAAAUUCAGUGAGGCCUGAUGCCUGUGAGAUAAGGACGUCUGGGGAAGGUGGAUAAGGCGACAUGAAGGAGAAAAAAAUAUUCUGAGAAAAAGAAUGCAUUUUCGCAUGGUGUUAGAGAGUUAAACCCAUUCCAUGCUUUUCGUGCUGUCGGUUGAUGGUCGCGUUGAUGGCGAGCGAUGAAUUAUGUGGCUUAAUCGAAAUGAAGCCCGAAGUGCUGCCCAAUCAGAGUGGCCUGGAAGCCCAGCAUGAGAAUUUGCUCUGGGGCGACCCGACCACCACCUGCAGCAGCCGAACCAAUUGCAAUCAAGUGAUUAUUGAUGAAAAGGACACUAAAACUUGGACUUCCAGUACUCCAGAAUCAUUAGAAUGUGUCUUGGAUGCUGACACGUCAGCAGUCGUGAAUAGCAGCAUGAGUAUGGCUACAGGAGCUAGCCAGCACAGCCACUACCCAAUCAGCAAAGCCAGUGUUAAUCACUCCUCGAGUAUGUUCUCUAGUCAGGGUGGCCCCAACAGAGGUUGGGCCUCUGAGGGCAAAACUGAUUUGUCCAUGGGUACCAGAGGCCAGUCCAAUUGGGGCUCUUCAAAUAUAAACCUGAACCCCAGCGCUAACCCUGCUGCAUGGCCCAUACUCGGACAUGAGGGCCCUGGAGUGGGGGCCAGGUCUGGGGGUAUGGGUGGGUCAAGUUCAGUCCCAUCCAACGCCUGUGGCCCAGGAGGUGUCGCCCCGAUUCAGGGCACCAAUGGAAAUGGAAACCUUGUAGGAGAUUGUGCUUGGGGAAACCCAGACACCCCAGAGCAGCACCAGUCUCCACCAAGCAUGACUUUCAGCAUGGAGCCCUCAAACCUUAAAACUGAUGGACUGAACACUAAAGCAGAGCCAAUGAGCCCUGUGGACGGUUGGGGGCGAAAUAUGAGUCAGUCUCCCACUGAGCCAACUACUGGAGAUAGUACUGCUCGGUGGGGUAAUGGAGACACAAAGAGUGGAGAAUCCAAAGACUCUGGUUGGGAAUCUGGUGGCAUCUCCUCUUGGGGACAGGGGGGAGGUGAUACAAACUGGGGCCACUGGACCAAACAGUCAAGCACUGAAGGUACUGGGUGGGACGCAAAUGAAGGUCCCAUUCAGGACUCAAUGAAUUCCUGGGGCACUGAUGCCCCAGGCAGUGAAGGUAGCAAGGACAGCAGUGAAGGACGUGAAGGGCGGCGAGAAAGGUCCUCCAGUAUGGAUGUUCCACUUCUGCCAAGACCGGACCUAGAUCCUCGUGUGCUGUGCAAUUCUGGCUGGGGUCAAACCCCUGUCCGACAGCAUACAGUCUGGGAAAUGGAUGAAAAGCUUGUCCCUAAAGAUGAGGGUGGCACUGAAGCGUGGGGAACUUCCUCUAACUCACCUUCAACUGGAUCACCACCUCAUGCAGGAUGUGCCAAUCCCACCCUAAAUGUGCCUCCUAGGAUGGACUCUGCUAGCAAGACUGAGGGGCUUUCUCGAGUCAUGUCAACACCACGCUGGGGAGGAUCGUCCUCACCAACAAAUCAGGCAAGCACUGGGUGGGGAGAGCCACCUGCUAAUAAAAAAGUGUCCAAUGGCUCUGUUGGUAGUUGGGGAGAUCCUAUGCCAGAUGGGCCCAGCACCAAUGGUUCAAGUGGCCAGUUUUGGGGAUCAGAGGAAAAAUCUUCAACCUGGGAUGACGGUCCUUCCCAAGUAAAGUCACAACCUGGUGGAAAUGGGCCGAGUUCUUCCUCAGGCUGGGGAAAUUGUGCAAGUGGAGAAUGGGGAGAGCCUUCAGAAGGAAAGAUGGAAGGUUCUCGUAGUUCCUCCUGGGAUGGAGAUGGUGGGAGCUGGAAGGAAAGCCAGAAGGGCUGGGGGAAAGGGGCUCCGCCGGGAGGUGAAAACUGGCGUGACUCCCAACGCUCAAAUGGUCCUGUACAGGGUUGGGCUGGAAAGAAUCCUCAAGACUCCAUGGGGUCUUGGGGUGGCCCAAACUCUGUGAAGCAGAGUAGUUCUAGCUGGAGGUCUACAGGAAGACCGGAUCCAGGAGAUGAGGCUACAGGCUGGGAAGAGCCUUCCCCUUCCUCAAUCCGAAGGAAAAUGGAGAUCGAUGAUGGAACUGCCACUUGGGGAGAUCCUAAUUCCUACAGAACCUGUGUAAACAUGUGGGACAGAAAUAACCCCUCCUCCCAGGGCAACCCAAGCAACAAUGGGGGUAACAGCAUCAACCAUACAGGUCCUAACCACCAUAGCCAUGGUCAAACUCCGAACCACUCUGACGGCAACAACAAUGGUUCUCCUAAACAGCUAGGACCACCUCAAAACAGGAUACCCAAGAUGAAUCCAGGCUGGGGGGAGCUCCCCAACAUUCAGCCCAAACCCGAGUCCUGGGGAGAACCGGACUCCUCCAGCCCCACAGUGGAUAACGGCACUGCAGCAUGGGGGAAGUCGCCCAAAGCCGCUGGGGUCUGGGGAGAAAACAACCACGAAUCCACUGGAUCCUUCGGAAGAGGCUCAGGAUCCUCCAAACCUGCCCCCAAAUCUAUGCAAGACAGCUGGGGGUCCGGCGGGGAGGAGAUUGGCGUGAGCAGCAGCCAAUGGGAUGCCGAGGAUGGGGACAUGUGGACGAGCCCCACCACCCAGGACAACGCUUCCUCCUGUAGUUCCUGGAAUCAGCCCAAGAAAGGAGUACAGAAGGGGAAAAUCCCGACCAAACAGGAUGAAGUUUGGAUCAUGAACCGACUGAUCAAACAGCUCACAGACAUGGGCUUCCCUAGGGAUCCUGCAGAGGAGGCACUGAGAAGUAACAACAUGAAUCUGGACCAGGCUAUGAGCGCCCUGCUGGAGAAAAAGAGUGAUGGAGAAAAGCGAGGGAUGAGGACGCUGCUGUGUCGCCCUCCAAACCUCUCUAAAGACUCGUCACUGGACCGAAACGCCUUCCUGGACAAGGAUGGUGGAUUAUCGGAUGACACGCCCACAUCACCCUUUAUUCAUUCUCCUGGCCUCAAACUGACCAAUAGCAGCCUUCCUAGCCAUGGCAUGGGUGGAGUCUCUCCAGGACUAAUGCAAAACUUAAACAGCAGACAGAUGAACGGAAUGUUUGGCAGUAAUGGAGCAGCACAAUCCAGGGCUCCACCCCCUCAAGCACUAAACUCCGCCCAUCACCCCCCACUACGUGCUCAAGUGCCUCAGUUUCUCUCCCCUCAGGUUCAAGCACAGCUCUUGCAGUUUGCAGCAAAAAACAUUGGCCUGAAUCCUGCACUUUUAACUUCACCGAUAAAUCCUCAGCAGAUGACCCUGCUCUACCAACUCCAACAACUGCAGAUGGCAUAUCAGCGUUUGCAGAUUCAGCAGCAGAUGAUGCAAGCUCAGCGAAAUGUUUCGGGUCCCAUUAGACAACAGGAGCAGCAAGUUGCACGUACAAUCUCAAACAUGCAGCAGCAGAUUCAGCAGCACCAGAGGCAGUUAGCUCAGGCCUUGUUGAUGAAGCAGCAGCAGCACCAGGCCUCGUCUUCUCACUCUUACCCCAGCCUCGGCAAGCCAAACCUGGACACCUUCCCGGGAAACUCCCAGGCUUCCACAGGCCUGUCCAUGUCAGACCUCCACAGCAAAGAGCCACACACGUCUCCCAGCUCCUUCAGCCAGUAUCCUCUGUCUGGACUGAACGGGGGUGUGGGCGUGGGCUGCAUGGACACUCUGAAGGACACUCAGCCCCAGCCUCAGUCUCGCUUAUCCCAGUGGACUCACACCAGCUCCAUCGACUCCAUCAGCACCACCACCAGCCCCAGUGCUCCAUCCUCGAGCCAUGCUGCCAACAUUAAACCCGUGAUGGAGGACUCUUUCAGUGCUUAUAACCUGAUGUCCAGCUGCCAAUCUCCCAGCAGCCCCAUGGGGGCACCAGAGAGCUGGCCACCGGGCAAAAACACUAAUGACAAAAUGGCUAACGGGACGAAUGUCAACUGGCCUCCAGAGUUUUGUCCUGGAGUUCCCUGGAAAGGUCUGCAAAAUAUUGACCCCGAGUCUGACCCCAAUGUGACCCCAGGAAGUGUUUCUGGCUGUCCCACCAUCAACACCAACAUUCAGGACGUUAACCGCUACCUGCUCCGGGACAGGAAUGGAGGUAAACUGUUAGACAUGAAGUCCACCUGGUCUACAGGUUCUGUCUCACACACUCAGGCCUCGCUGUCUAAUGAGAUGUGGAAGAUUCCUGUGGGUGGGCGGAGCUCUGGGACGGUGCCCCGCCCCCCACCUGGCCUCACUAAUAACAAACACAACAACAACUGGACACCUGGACCACUGAGCAACAGCUGGAGCAGAGACUACACCUCAGAGAGCACUGGGUGGAACUCUGAGAGCUCCAGCAGGACCAGUAGCUGGCUUGUGUUGCGUAACCUCACUCCUCAGAUCGAUGGUUCCACUCUGAGGACUCUGUGUAUGCAGCACGGUCCUCUCAUUACGUUCCACCUCAGUCUGCCGCAGGGGAAUGCGCUGGUGCGCUACAGCUCCAAAGAGGAAGCAGCUAAAGCUCAGAAAUCCCUGCACAUGUGCGUUCUGGGUAACACCACCAUUUUGGCAGAGUUUGCCGGAGAGGAGGAAGUGACACGUUUUUUCUCUCAGGCUCAGUCUUUCCCACCCUCUGGAAGCUCCACCCACCCCACCCUGGGGCAAUGGGGCACAUCAACCACUAAGGGGAGCAGUAACCCGGGGGGCGGAGCUAAUGGGGCCGGGGUGGAGCUGCUGUGGGGCGGAGUCCAGCAGCCGUACUCCAGUUUAUGGGGGCCGAUCAACGGGGAGGAGAGUCGAGUGAUGGGAAGUCCAGUUCCGGUCAACACACUGCUCCCUGGAGACCUGCUGAAUGGAGAGAACAUGUAGAACCACACAACAACAACAACAACUAAUGAGUUUAAGGAUAAUCACUUUCCCUGGAUGUUUUUCUUUUUUUUUACAUUUAGAAGUAGAAAUAAAAUAUUAGAAGUAGAUUUUCAAACUGGAAACAAAGGAAGGAAGAGAGAACUGAAAGGAAAGACUUUUUUUUUUUUGAAGAAAAAGAAGAUGAAGAGGCGAGGCGGCCAUGUUAAAUCACGAUGUACAAACCCCCAGCUCACAGCCGUGUCUCCUCACUGCUCCUGCUCUAACCUCUUUACCUUCUCUGUGAUUUCUUUCUGAACUUAUCAGCCUUAAGUGUCUCAUUUUUAACUUUUUUUUUUUUUUUUAAAAAGAACCUAAAGAACAUUUUAUAACUUUUGUUUCUGAGCCAACGAUUUGGACGAGGGAGACGGGAAGGCCAAUCAGACGUUCCCUCUGAAUUUUACACAAAAAAGGUACAUUGACCCUUGUACUGUUUUUAAAAAAGAAAAAAAAAGAAAAAAAAAAGGUGUGUGUGAACAGGAAGUGGACCGAGUGUUUGUUCAUCACGAACCUCCGUCUGAAAUCUUCUCCCUGGGAUCCUCAUGUUUCUGUCCUGAACGGAUUUCAGUGCUGAAUGUCGGAUGUUUGUUAUUUUUCCCCGAGGAUCCGAGGAAGAAGAAACUAUGUGUCCGUGUGAUGCGCUGUGCAAUAUAUCUGUCUUCAUCAUCAUCAUCAUCAUCAUCAUCAUCUGCUUCCUCUUCCGUCCUCGCUGAAGAUCUUCUUGUUCCUCAGAUCUGUUCUACAGAGACUUACUGACUUGCCGGGUUUCUGCUCAGCGGCUGUGUCCUAAAUCCACGCACACUUUCUCUCCGUAACGGAGAGAUCCCAGAUCGCGGCGGGAAAAAACUCGGCUUUCAGGCACAACACCAAAACUACCAAUCUUCUCCUAAUGCAGUAAAAAAAAGUCUAAUGUCUUUUGGGAGGGUUUAAUAUAAUAUAUGAACUGAGAUGAUAAGCACUUAUGGACAGAUGGAGGGAUUAGGUAAAGAGAAAAAAAACAAAGAAAUAAACAAAGCAAAGACUAUUUUAAAAUUCCGUUUUUUUUGCCGACUUUGAAGCGACUUUAAAAAGACUGAAUCUACAAUCAGACUGAAACUCACAGUACGUUUCUACACUCAGCGUUUUUUUCACCUCCGUCUUUCUGGAUUCAAUCGAAAUGAAUGUCAUCGUUAUUCCAAACUUCUUUAUGGCCUUCGCUGCAUCCGGGAAAAGACGCCGGAAAAAAAACAGGGAUUAUUAUUAUUAUUAUCCGGACCAGUUACUGACUGAGAAGUGGCUUGGAAUGCAGCGGUGCAACAGCGUGCUGUGUCGAGUGAUGUCACAGUUAAAGUGUGGAUGUCCUGUUUGAUGAACAUUGUGACAUCGCGCUAUUGAACCUCUGUGUCGGAAUACUACGUCAGGAUCUUAUGUGAUGUCGGAAUGCUGGUGUGUCACUGUGUCGGAAUGCUGCAGCGUCAUAACGCCGGACAUUAGCGUCACCUGGCGGUGUAACUGGGAACAGCGGCGUCACAGUGACGAAACCCUGCGCCGGUGCAACGCGGAACGCCUUGUGAUGUCACGACUAUGGAACGCAGCAACGUCGCAAUGAUACACAACGACAGACGGAAUGUCACGUGAUGCCUCGGCGUCCUCCGUUUCCUCAGAAGCUCGAGCAGAGCGCUGCCCUACUCCCUAUUCCCUACACACGCCCCGGUGCGUCCUGGGUAUUCUGUAACGCUGUGUCCGGCACUCGAAGCCUCGCGUGUUGCAGUGCAUUGUGGGAUUCCUGAGUGCGCAUGCAAAACAGUGCACUACGUAGUGGAUAGGGAACGAUUUGGACAGAGCGCGAGGUUUCUCUGUCGCUACGACUAAUCAAAGCCAAAUCCACACCUCGCUCGCCUCUGCAGCAGGAAACCCAGAAGAGGACACGCCCACAACAACAACAACAACAACAGCGAAAUAAUGUUGGAGUUUAUUUUGUUUUUGUUUUUUUUCCCUCGUACUGCACAUUUCUGGAGCCGGUCAGUGUUCAUAUGCACAAACACUUCCUGUCCUGUGGAACGGAAACAAGGAGCAAUUUGAAUAAUGAUUGUUUUUGAUUUGAUGUGAAAGAUCAUCUAAUGUUUUUGUGUGUGUGUCUGUGUGUGUGUCUGUGUGUCUGUGUGUGUGUGUGUGUGUGUGUGAGAAAUGUCGAUCCGCGUUCCUUAAAGCAGUGUUUAUAAUUGUGUGUGCGCGAGUGUGUCCAUUCUCACAGCUGCUAAACGUCCUCCUCCUCUUCCUCCCUGUUUGCAGCCUGUCCGGUUUUCUCCUCCCCUUUAGCGACUAAAUGAUAAGCGAGAGUUAAUAAUAAUAGCAGAUGUUACUUGAACCACCUGCUCCGAGAAUUCCUCAGCGUUCCGGAACGGAAUCAUUUCUCCGUUUUCUUUCUUUUUUAUUUUUGUUGGGAAAAAAAAAACGAAACAAUUUUAGCCGCUAACUUACUCUCGAGCCAGCACAUUAUUUUGUUACUAUGCAAAAUAAGAAAACGCAGACACAUGGGCGAGGUGGUGGGCGGGGCCUUUAGCCUUCAGCGUAAUGUUUUUAUUUUAAGUGCCAGAGGUCAGAGGUCACGUGCACACGACUGUUUCUCUCAGAAUGCUGUCGGAUCAUCGGAAGCGAUGUUCUGGGGGUGGAGCUACGCCUCACUCCGGCACGCGUUCAGGGACACGAACGACACGUAAUUCUGACAAAUGUAUAAUUAACGAGGCCGAAGGUGAAACAAAAACAGUUUGAUGUUACGGAGAUUACGGUUCAGGAAAAAAAAAGAAAAUUCCGAAGCGUCCACUUCCUGAGGGAUCAGCCGAGACGCCGCGGCGUUCACAUAGCUUACGUCUCCGCCCAGGAGCCGAGUGGCGAGUCUGACACACACACACACACUGUUGCUUCACGUUUAAUGAACACGUGGACGUUUACACGAUAUUAUUUUAAAAUAAUGAAAUAAAACAAAUGUCACACGAUUAUGUGCCAAGUGCCUCGUCCCCGAGAUCCAGAGUCCACUCUCCUCUUAGACCGAGAUUAAAAAAACUGAAUCGUUUCUCCCUCAGAUCCGUUUCCUCCUGAUCAUUUCUGACUCUAAUUACUACGUCUUUGUCAUUUCUAUACACGGAUUUAUGACUUCAGAAUUAUUCAGUGAAACCUUUUUUUCCUUUAGUGAGGAAAACUAAUUUCCUCUUCCCUCCUGUCUGCGUUAGGAAGGAAAUCAUUAGAGAUGAUGAUGAUGAGGAGGAAGAGUGAGCGUUUAAUAAUGGCUCCUGUUUACUGCAAGAGAAAAUCCUCCAGCAGGAGAUCGGCGGAGUUUUAGCUGUUAGCAGGUCGCGCUGUUGCUAUGCAAAAAUGAGAGAAAUUCCUCAACCUUCCUUUCUCACUCGGAUUUUCUGAUUCUAGGCGUUUUAACUUCAACCUGCUUCGUUUUGUACGGUUGUGUGAUUCUAGCAGCUGUCUGUCAGAUUUAGGCUCCGCCUCCCUCCGCCAGACGACCGAACGCUAGCUGAAAGCAGGAAGUGAUGUUUAUACGAAAUCGUAAUCCUGCGCCAUUUUACUCGUUUCUUAUUCGCAAUAAAGAAAUGUUCGUUACUGACCACAACGAGACACAAUCAGCACUUUAACAUUUUAGUAAAAAAAAAAAAAAAAAAAAAAAAAAGGUAAAAAAAAACGGGUUGUUUGGCUGGUCUGCGGUUCUGCUGCGGUUCUUUCACAGUGUUAAAGAAAAAAAGCCUUUUAUUAAAGAAGUGUAGAAUUUAAAAGCACACGUUUCUACAAACGUCAAAAUCGGUGAAUUAACGUAAACGUUAAAUAAAAUCUAAGCGAUGAAGGAAUUAAUACAGAACCCCCUCGCUGCAUAAAGGUCAGGUUCUCUCGCCUCUGGAUGGUGGAGCUCUGGAUCUUCUGGUCAGUGAGAAAGUGCUGUCCCUUCUCUCUCUCUCUCUCUCUCUCUCUCUCCACUCGAGUGUUUACAAGGCCAAAACGAUAAACACCUCAGAGUUUAAUGCAGUUCUCAAGUGUUAAUUUUCAUUCUAUAUGAUUUUUGUCUUCCAGAUAUAUUAAUGUUCUUUAUCGAUGUUGUUUGUAAGCAUCCGAUGAAAAUGUGGCUUUAGGUUGAAGGAAAAUAAUAGAAUUCGAAAACGAGACGAAAAACGCCAGAUGCGUCCUCGGCUGAUCGGCGCUUCGAGGAGAACUGAAGAAAUUAGUAAAGAAUGUGGAAAUAGUCAAAUCUGGAGCGUUCCCCCGGUGGUGUGGUGGUUUGGCGGUGCGGUGGUUUGGUGGUGCGGCGGUUUGGCGGUGCGGUGGUUUGGCGGUGCGGUGGUUUGGUGGUGCGGCGGUUUGGUGGUGCAGUGGUGCGGUGGUUUGGCGGUGCGGUGGUGCGGUGGUGUGGUGGUUUGGCGGUGCGGUGGUGUGGUGACGGCGUCUUUGUGGGCAGCAGCUGAUUCCUCUAAAGCUGCACAGGCUCUGCUUCACAUCCUGCUACUUUUAUUUUACAUACCAAAAAAAUAAACAGAAUAAAUAAAUAGUAAAUUAAUAAAUCUAGAAUCUACAUGACCGGUGUGUUGAGAUCGUGCUAAUCAUCUCGCUGGCGUUUUCCCCGCCGUUAAACGUCGACUGUGUGCAGCAGUGCCUUCUUCUGUACAAAGACGUUGUGAUGUCGGGCGUGUUGUUUAUGCCCCGCCCUCUUUAUCAGCACUCCGUUCCCUCCGUCUCUGAGGGAAGACGUGUGCGAACGGGUACAGAGACGCGUCUUUACCCCUCGUCUUUUCGGUUUUCGAGCUCGGUUCCAGUGAGAAUCUGGGCGUGGCCCGAGUGUGAAACUGCCUUGUUCCAAUCUCAAUACCACAAGUGGACUAUGUUAAAGUGUGCACUUCUUCUCGUCUCUCUGGAGCCCAGGAAGCUUCCUGAUGACACCAGCAUGAAACAAACUACAGCUUCUCUCACUCCGCUCGCUCGUUUCCGUUAAACCAAAACGUUUAACCCCAAUCUUUCCCCUUCGAAGACCAACGCCAGCCCAAUUGAGCAAUACCCAAAUAAACAAAUCAUCUAAUCCUCACACUCCCCAAAUGAAACAGGAUUUCAUAAAUACUUGAUAAAAAAAAAAAUCACCACAAAAUAUUUUGCACAUGUUGCUUUUACUCUCUGAGACGAUAACGAUGGGCAUUUCGACUCACUUUACCGAUUCAGUUCCUUUAAACUACCUGUUUAAGUGAAUCGAGUUCCGAUUCCUCCGUGUGCCGAAAAUCAGAAAUUUUGAGACGCUUUCGGACGAGAGACGAUUCUCCUUUUAGUGUGGGAAAGAAUGUGUUUUUUCUGUCUUUUUUUUUUCUUUUUUUAAGAGAUUCGAUUCGUUAUGUUUGUGAAUCACUUAAAGGAGUUGUUCAGAAGGAAUGAAUCAUUUGUAACGAAUCACCCAUCACUACAAGACUCGUUUUUGAAUCGUAUUGUAUUGUGUUGAAUCAUGUCCAAAUCCCAUUACAGUGUUUUUGUUUGUUUGUUUGUUUUGUUUAAUGCUUUGACAUUUUCAGAAAAAAAAAUAAUUAAAAAAAUUUUAUAUAUUAAACAUAUCAAAACAAAUCAAAAUACUUGAACCAGAGAUUGCCAAUAACAUAAUGUGAACCAUUGCUUUGUUUUUUUUUUGUUUUGUUUUGUUUUUGUCUUUUUGAUGUUAAUCAAUUUUAAAAAUGCAUUAAUCACUUAAAGAUCUAUAUCUUUAUUUUUAUUUUCAUUUCUGGAUGUGUGUGUGUGUGUGUGUUGUACUGUUUAUUUCUUCAAAACAUUAUUAUUAUUAUUAUUAUUAUUAUUAUUAAUGUAAUCCAGCCUUGCACUGUUUUCUCUUUACUCACUCUGCUAAAAAAAGAAAGAAAGGAAGGAUGAGAGAAGACGAUUCACGUGUUAAUGUUUACUCAAGGACUUAAUUGUCUCUUUUUUUUCUCUGUAAAAUGUGUAAGAGUUGAGGUUUAUCAUGCCGGUCAUUAUUAGCAGGAGUUUUGCACCGUUGAGUUUUAAUGAUUAAAAAUGGAAAGAAAAAAAUACAAAAAACAAACAAAAAAGGACAAAAAAAUGAUUAAAAAAAAUGUAGGAGAGAAAAGAACAAAAAAACCCAACAGACUCUUUCCGGCUGUGGUGUCGGGGAAGCCGUCGUCCGGUCCGUGGUUUGUAAUUUGCUAAAAGAGCGUUUUUAUUCACGCAUUAAAAAUAUAUAUAUAUCUAUAUAUCAGAGUGACUCAUUUUCGAGGUGCCUACUGUUCAUUUUUGUCUUUUUUAUUUUUUUUUUUGUAGUUUGUACAAUUUUCCAUUUUCCAUUGUUUUUUGUUUUUUUUUGUGACGUUUACAGCAAGCGUUUUCCGUGAGGUUUUUUUUUUUUGGUUUUGAAAAGUAAAUUUACUAAAAAAUAAUAAUAAUAAUUUCCUCUUCCAUCUAAAGAGAACGACUUUUUUUAAACAGACGUAAGAUAUUUUCUGAAUUCUUUUUGUUUUUGAUUUUUAUUUUUUUCUCCUCGUGCUCGUGGUUUAUUCUCUGCCUUUAUGCGGCUGUGACGAUUCUCAGUUCUGUGAAAGCAGCGAUUUGUUUUUGUUUGUUUGUUUGUUUGUUUGUUUGCUGGAUUAUUAAAUGGACCUGGCUACUUUUCUCAGGAAGACGAGAGUUCCAGAUUUCCAGAUGUUUCAUUUUUCUAAUGUUUAAUGGUCUGGUGAGAAUUUUAAAGAGAUAUUUGGGAGAAAUCCGGCUCUAAGCACUGAAGGAUCUGGAUUCCGGAAAAAAAAAUAUCGGCGUUUUAAUCCGUAGCAGAAAAAAAAAACAUUUACCAAAUAUUAGUGAUGUAUGAGUUUAUUAUUUUCCUCCUUCUUCUCUCUGGAGGUUGGAGGCUUUACAGGAAUAUUUUAUAAGGACGCAUCGCUUUAUGUUCAGAUGUAGUUGUACGUGUGAAGGUGGUUAAAGGAGCCGUGGAUUUUAAGAUAGAUUUUUAUUUUAUUUUUUUUUAAACACGGUCCUGCGGAAAGAGACGCUUCCUUCGCCUCCUGAUCGCUGUCUGGAAUUUUCAGAUCAAAGCUCCAGAGUUUCCAGUUUCAGGUGAAUUUCUAGAACUGUGAUUUUUGUGAAACUUUGAAUCUUCAGAUGUCUGGAACAAAGUAAAGAAAAUUCCAGCUUUCUAGUUUAAGGGAAAACUCCGAAUUAUUCCGAACUCGGUCAGUGUAGAGGGGGAGGAGUUUUGGGGGGCGUCUAAAACCUCCUGUAUUUCCUGUGAAAUUCAACAGCCUUACACAGUUUUUUUAAAAAAAAAAUUUUAUUUCUAGACUUCUGGAAAAGACCGAGAGAGAUUAGCCAGAAUUUUUAGAAAAUUUGGGAAUUUUUGUAAAACUAGAAACGUCUUCAAAAUUCGAGGUGUUUAGUUUUCAUCAAAAGUAAAAUAUUACACCUCGGAGUAUGGGACUGUGGAUUUUCCAGGCUUUUGAAAAUCCUAGAGAUUCCAGACUCUGUAGUUGGGAAAAAUCGGAAAAAAUGAAGUUUUUUUUUUUUUCCAGAGAUUCUCAUUUUGUAGAUUUUAGCGUUUUAAUCUGAUAAAUCCUGGAGUUUCUAGAGUUGAAGAUUUUCUGGAAAAUUUUAAGAGUGUGAAAUCUCUGUUGUAGUUUCCGAAGGUUUUAGGAGCGCAGGUUUAAGAAGUCUGGAAUUCCUGGAGCUUUAGAGACUUCUAGAGCUUUGAUUUUGGGAAGUCUGGAGGAUUAGAACCUAGGUUUCCAGCACUGAGGUUUUGAGUCCUGUGUUUCCAGCAGCUUUGGGUGGUGAAAGCUGGAGAUUCUGGAGUCAUGGUUUCAGUAGAAGGUAGAAAUCCAGAAGCUGUGGUGUUUGUGGACGAAGCGAGUGGGAGGCGAAGGCGGGUCCAGGAGGGAAGGAUUGUGAAUCUAUGCACAAACUGGAGGGGAAUAAAGUCCAGCUCUGCCGUUCGGGGGGAUGGGGGGGGAUCCUUUCACUGUAAUGAGUUUAGAUGUGUAGAAGUUCUUCUCUCUGUAUUUGUAGAUGUUUUUUUUUUUUCCUCACUGAUGAAUCUAAGCACUGUGGACUUUCCUGGAAGAGUCUGAGACCUUCAGGAGGUGUGGUCUCUCCCACACCUGCAUUUACUUUGCUGUCUUUUCUGUAGAAAUGUUUUAAUCCCGGCUGAACCGGGAUUCGGAAAACUCCUUCUCCUGGAGAAUGUCAAUGUUCAGAAACUGCAGCGAGAAAAAAAACAAAAAAAACAACAACAACUGUCCAGGAGCAUUUCCUCUGAAUGAAUAAAACCUGACCAUUCGGCCUCAUCCUCUGA